CUAUGUAAUUACCCCCCACGCACCUGAAACGCCUGACUUAAGGUGUACUAUCAUUGUUUGAUCAAUAACAAAUCUACCGGAGAAAGCACUGGGGGGUUUGAGGUUAUCUGUUGCUUUUCUUUUGUUAUUUUUGUUCUCCUCUGAUACGGAUGAUUAAGGAAGAGGACAAAGACGUAUUUUCCACGUUUGCCCUUGACUGUCAACAGGGCAGCCAUUCUAUAGGGCGUGUACUACAUGCUACAAGAGGGGUGAGUGCAUUUAUCUAAAGGUGCUGGGGUCUGGAUGGAGUAAACCCCCAGGGAAGCCAGUCAGACUCAAGAAGUGAAUAAAUUGACAUCCAGGUAAAAACUAUUUCUCCACAGAGCCUGCGUCUUUAUGCAACACACGAUUUCUUUAAAUCUCAUGUGUGAAAUAGAGGCUUGUUUUUUUCCAACUAUUUGAAAUAAGGUUUCUUAAAAUAUAGUGAGAAAAAAUUAUCCACUUAAAAUACAAUAUUGUAUGUGUGCGCUAUUUUUAGGGAUUACGUAUUAUUUAUUAUUGGUGUUAUUCUUAUUAUUUGGUCGUCACUUAUCAUCACACACGUUGUUAUAUACAGCAGAUGAUACUGAUGAUGAUGAUGAUACAUCUUCUGAAUGUCAGAGAGGGAAAAAGCUAGGUGGAAACAGAGAGCAAAUGAGCAGAGACAGAGAACGCAGGCGCAGUGUGUGCGGGUGGGGGGGCGGUAGAGAUAGUGUUGAGUGAUAAUGGGAUUGAGGGAGCGAGAGCGAGGCAGAGAGAGAAACGACAGACCGAGUGGGAGACAGCAUUGGGGGACACCUGACCUUAAGAAAGGAGUGUAGCUCUCUGCUAGCCAAACAAACACACAGAUAUAUAUACACACACACACACACACACACACACACACAGUUCUUACAGGCAGAGGCGGUGAGCCAGCAGAGAGCUAGGAGCCUGUCGACCAGCAGCCAUGACAGACAUUGACUCUCUGAGCGGGGCUCUACAGGCUCUCAGUGUGAGUACAGAGCUGAUUGAGGAGGAGCUGAAGCUUCCUCUGGAGACAUUGCUGGCUGCUCUUUUGGAAAAGAAGAAGGAUGCUGCUGUGGAGAUAGCCAACAGUGGGGUCCUGCCCUCCCUGGCCGAGGUCCUACGGAGCAGCAGCCCCCUGAGCUGCCAGGUGGCGCUGCUGGUGGCAGAGAUGGCCAGAGAAGCUGCAGUCAGAGAGCCGUGCAUCGAGGCCGGCCUGGUGACGGUGCUGCUGCCCCACCUCAGCAGCACCAACCAGGAGAUGCUGCUGAACACCGGCAGGGCCAUCGGACGCAUCUGCUUCGACAACU